UUGUUAUGCUGCUCCCGCGUAUUUGUCUGAGAGAGCAAUAGCCGCCCCGAUUUCUGAGAAAGAACUGAGCGCCACCAUCGUACUUACACUCCUCAUGUCUCCGGUCAUGGAGCUUCAUGACGUAAAGAGGCAGAAGAAGCCCAACAAGAAGAGGAAGAACAGGCCAAUCCCCCAGGUAGACGCGGACGCCACCGGUGCUGAAGGUGGCGGACUGGCGGUGGACGAAGAAGACCACCACGAAGAGAAGUCGCUCAAGGGUUUAGGUGAGGAGCAGGAGGUGGUCAAGGAAGAGAUGGACGGAGAUCAGGUCGGCGACGGCGCAGAGAUGACGGCUCCCGCCGUUAAGAAGAAGAAGAAGGACUAUGGAAUAUUGACUUCGGAGUCCUUCUCUCGGCUCCCCAUCUCCGAACUCACCAUGAAGGCCAUCCAAGAGAUGGGGUUUGAAAACAUGACGCAGAUUCAAUCUAGGGCUAUUCCGCCUUUGCUGGAAGGGAAAGAAGUGAUGGGUGCUGCAAGGACGGGUUCAGGAAAAACUCUUGCUUUUUUGAUACCUGCAGUCGAGUUGCUGCAUAAUAUCCAUUUUAUGCCUCGGAAUGGUACUGGGAUCAUCAUUAUUUGUCCGACGAGGGAGCUUGCCAUUCAAACACAUGCCGUUGCAAAGGACCUUUUGAAGUACCAUUCACAGACUCUAGGUUUGGUUAUUGGUGGUGCUGGACGAAAAGGAGAAGCUGAGCAUCUUGCUAAGGGAGUAAAUUUGUUGGUGGCUACGCCUGGAAGACUCUUGGACCAUCUUCAAAACACCAAAGGAUUUAUUUACAAAAAUUUGAUGUUUCUUAUAAUUGAUGAAGCUGAUCGAAUUUUGGAGGCUAACUUUGAGGAAGAUAUGAAGCAAAUAUUUAAGCGCCUGCCAAAGGCAAGGCAAACUGCUCUUUUUACUGCUACCCAGACUAAGCAGGUUGAGGAUUUUGCGUGUUUGUCAUUUAAGGAAAAGCCAAUAUAUGUUGGAGUUGAUGAUGGGAGGUCAAAAGUCACGGUAGAAGGUUUGCAGCAGGGGUACUGUGUUGUUCCAAGUAACAAAAGGUUUAUGGUCUUGUAUGCUUUUUUGAAAAGGAAUCUUUCAAAAAAGAUAAUGGUCUUCUUUUCUUCCUGCAACUCUGUCAAGUACCACUCAGAGCUUCUCAGAUACAUUCAAAUUGAUUGCCUUGAUAUCCAUGGAAAGCAAAAGCAGCAGAAACGUACGACAACCUUUUUUGACUUCUGCAAGGCAGAAAAAGGGAUCCUACUCUGCACUGAUGUUGCUGCUCGUGGACUUGAUAUUCCUGCUGUGGACUGGAUUGUGCAAUAUGAUCCUCCUGAUGAACCUAAGGAGUACAUCCACAGGGUUGGUCGGACAGCUCGUGGAGAAGGUGGCAAAGGCAAUGCAUUGCUUUUUCUGUUGCCUGAAGAGUUGCAAUUCCUUCUUUAUUUGAAGGAAGCCAAGGUACCUGUCAAAGAAUACGAGUUUAAUGAAAAGAAAGUGCCAAAUUUGCAAUCUCACCUGGAGAAAAUAGUGGGAGAAAACUACUAUUUAAGCCAGUCAGCUAAAGAUGCGUAUAGGUCCUAUAUUUUAGCCUACAAUUCACAUUCUAUGAAGAAUGUGUUUAAUGUGCACCACCUCAAUCUCAAGGAUGUGGCUGCAUCAUUUUGCUUUAGCUCGCCUCCGAAGGUGAAUUUGGACUUGGAAAGCAGUGCGUCCAAGUUCAGGAAGAAAAUGCGCAAAACUGAAGGCAGCCGCCACGGUAUCAGUGCAAGUAAUCCCUAUGGAAAACAGAAGGGUGAUGACAAAAGACAGUUUGCACGAUACUAAAGCUGGGCCGUGCAGAGAGGAAGAGUCUUACACUGCACAUGCGGGAAUUAUAUUUCAUAUCUGAUUUGAACAAGCUUAUAGAUUCCAGUUUCUGGAGUUUUGUAUGAUUACGACUAUUAACUUGAUCAGUUUCUUCUCUUUUAAAAGAGCAGCAUAGUCAGGGAUGUAUUCUUUGGGAAUGUUAUAUCAUUUUUAUUCAAGAGAUGGGUUAACAAUUCAAGUACAGGUGAGUUGUAUCGAAACAAAUCCAAUAUUUUUGUGGCAUAAUUCCCUACAGCUAUAUGUAAGCCAUUUAAGGCAGUCUGGAUUCUCACAUUUAUGCUAUUUGCCCUUUACGGA